AUGGAAGAUGCCUUGACAGUUUGGCGCGCCCUGGAAGGGAAGUACGGUCCAUUACGGGAUAUCAUGUUUCUUAGGGACCCAGUCAACAAGCUGAAGCUCGCGCCUUCAUGCAUCGCACUCUUCGACAAGCCAUUCCCGCCGGAUUUCGACUACGCUGCGCAGACCUUUGCUGUUGAACUGCCAACGGAAGUUCCGGAGAAUGGAGGUCCAGGUAUUGCUGCCAUCCACAAACUGCUCAGCGGGCCUUCAUACACUGUCGACGUCCCGAAGUCCCAAGUGGAAACUUCAGAGCCGUCUGACACUUCAGCGGAUGAUACUACCUCGUCUCCUCAUCACGCACAAGCCUUUUCGCUGCGGGAAAGUUCAGGCAGUAACCCACGCAUCGUCACCGUGAAGGGCUCCCGGCCAAACUCGCCGUACCGAGUUCGGUACAGUCCGGACGCACCAAGACCGGCAUCGCAUUUGGGACCACAACACUCCUUCGCUCGGCUAUGGGCUGCCUUUGGUGGGUUUGCGCCGUCAGAUGCGCCUCCAAACAUGCGCAUGGCGCGCACCAUGGAAGUGGCACGCGAGUUCGUAGUGGCGCAUGCACAGGAUGCACCGGUCGUGGCCGACGACAGGAUCCAAGAGCUCAUUGAUGCUGCUCAAUUAUCUCAACCUCUACCUGAGACUGCCGAUGCUCCUCCUGUGCUCGAACUUGAGGAGACGCGAUCCCAUGCCACGGUGGAGACGAUUCACGAAGAUGCGCUUCCCUUGGAGGAAGACUCUAGUGCCGACGAGCCUCUGGAGCGCUCAUCCUGGUCGCCUAUCACGUCCGACCCUUCAACUCUCGUCAGCGCCGUGGGAGGACGAAUCUCUACGCGCGGCAUUCAGUUGUCGAAGGAGGAGCGCAUGGAACAACAAGCGCUCGCAGCACUCGAGAAAGCGCGCGCGGCGGAGGCCGCAGAGAAGGCGCGGGUGGCGGCGCUUAAUCGGAACACGCGGGCAGCGAAAGCUGCUGCAGCUGAGAAGGAGAAGAGGCAUUCAAAGAAGCAGGAGAUGCAGCGCGCAAAACGUACCGCGGCUGGUUCUCCUACGAAGAGUGCAAAACUACCGGUAUCGGGUGCGAGAGCGGCUCAGCGCCCUACAGCCUCGCAGCCGAAGGCGGCGGCACCGGCUGGCAGUGAGGCGCCGAGGCAACCUGCGACAUCGGCACCGGGCCAGCAGGAUCGGCCCGCACAGCGCAAGGGUCUAUUGGGCAGGUUGCUCGGAUGGUAG